ACGCUAGCGAUCGCCACCUUUGAACCACUCCACGUCGACGAAUUUGGCGCACCGCGCCCGCGCGCUUUUCUGCUUUUCCGGCCAUGUCUGCCGCGACAGCUAUCGCGGCACCGCCGCGCCACAGCCGGCCGUCGCCUCUCAACCCAAACGCAACGGCGAUGGCCAGCACCACCAAGCCUAACUCCGUCUGUACAAAGACGCACCUCGCCAACCUCGAUCGCAUCCUCCUCCGCCCGCCGCCGCUCCCGCUCCCGGUCCGGCCUAAGAAGGCACUCGCCGACGAGUCCGGCGAGGACCACAAGGAGGUGAUCACCUCCGACUCCGAUGAACGCAAAGGCCGCCGGGGCAGGCUCCUCAAUGCGCUGAACCUGUCCACGUUCCUGCCGUUCACAGGGAGGCCCGCCACGGACGAGAUGUCCCCGCGUAGCCUGGCACAAAUGCAGAGACUCCUCACGCUCUCGCCGCGGCCCUCGCCCAGGGGCUCCAUCGCCACCGAAUGGCGACGUUACCACGGCGAGGGCGCGUGGAAGGGCCUGGUCGACCCGCUCGACCAGAACCUCCGCCGCGAGGUUUUGCGAUACGGUGACUUCGUGCAGGCCGCAUACACGGCGUUCCACUCCAUGCCGUCGUCGGCGUCGCACGGCCACGGCCAGCAUCGCACGCUCGUGCUACCGGACCGGUCGUACCGGCCGACGCGCAGCCUGUUUGCCACAUCUUCCCUGUCCAUCCCGCCCUGGGCGCAGCGACGGUCAGGGCCCAAGUGGCUGACACAGCGCACCAGCUUCGCCGGCUACGUUGCCGUCUGCGACAACGAGCGCGAGGUUCGGCGCAUGGGCCGCCGGGACAUCGUCAUUGUGCUGCGCGGCACCGCCACGUGCCCUGAGUGGGUAGAGAACCUCCGCACCCGCCUCGUACCGGUGUCGGACGAGGACAACAAGGACGCCACGACGGCAGCGCAGAACGUGCCCAAGGUGGCGAAGGGGUUCCUGAGCCUGUACAAGACGGCCGGAGACCACGUGGCCAGCCUGUCGGACGCCAUUGUGGAGGAGGUGAGGCGGUUGAUCGAGGUGUACAAGGGCGAGGAGCUGAGCAUCACGGUGGUUGGCCACAGCCUCGGCGCAUCUUUGGCCCUCCUCGCCGCCGACGAGCUUAGCGCGUGCCUGGCCGCCGAUGCGGCUAGUCACAGCACCGCUGCAGAUGAUCAUCAGCCGCCGCCCAUCUCCGUGGUAUCCUUCGGCGGCCCGAAGACCGGCAACCGCGCGUUCGCGGAUCGGCUACAGCACGAGCGGGGCGUGAACGUGCUGCGCGUGGUGAACGCCGGCGACGUGGUGACGCGCGUCCCCGGGCUCGUGACACCGACGACGAUGGCCGAAGGAUACGUACACGCGGGUGGCGCGGAGCUGACGCUGGACAGCCGCGACUCGCCGUGCCUGCGCCCGGACGUCGGCCCGGCCUGCUGCCACGACCUGGAGGCCUACCUGCACCUGCUGGACGGGUUCAUGGGGUCCGGCCGGCCGUUCCGCGCCGACGCGAGUCGCAGCGUGGCGGGGCUGCUCGUUUACCAGCGGACCAGCGUGAAGCGUGCCUACGUGGAGCGCGCGAGGGUGCUCGGGUUCGAGCCGGCGGCCAUGCCAAGGACUGCCACGGCCAACGGCGGUGGCGCUGCUGAUGGACAGUACGGCUUCCUGGCCAGUCCCUCGUGAUUCGCAUGCAUGUAGUGUACUCUGGGUAUCUGCAGUGCACGUGUCGACGUCCAAACUUUUGUAUUGGACGAGAGAGGCAACUGUCUCUCCCCAUAUCGGACAUGCAACAAAUUUCGUGUUGUUUUGUUUCAGAAGAAUCUCGUACUUACUCUAAAUUUGCUACACGUACAUCAUCCUAUAAUAUUGGCUUAAUAG